UUAACAGAUAUUGUAUUCGAGAGGCUUAACAAAGAAACAAAUCAUUAUCAAAUCAAACUUUUACAAUGAACGUCUUAAUUCAUUGUCUAUUGAUCGGCUGCCUUUUAGUUCUAGUGAACGGAGAGGAUUCUGAGAUUCUACCAUCUAUGAUGAAGGAUUCUGUAGAUGAAUAUUUUAAUAGUGGUGAACAGGAUUUGACUGGAUCAAGUGUACACCGGUUGAAGCUUUUAAGAGGAAAAGAGUUAGGCAGAUCUGCCACUUCACUUGUAUGGAGGGGAAUUUACAAUGAUAAACACGAUGUUGCCAUCAAAAUAUUUUGGGAUAAAAGAUCCAUGGAUGAGGAAGUUAUAGUUUAUCAGGCUUUAAAUGCAAUGGACGAUCCACAAAUUGAAGACCGUAAAAUUCCACGAGUCUAUUACUAUGGACAAUUUCUUGUAGACUAUUUUGCCAUUGCAAUGACUUUGUUCGAUGGAAGUUUGUCCGAUUUUUAUGGAAAACGCCAUAAAACUCAUAUAUCCGACAACGAUAUUUUAUACAUAUUUCUACAAACGGUGAAAGGCUUGGAUUAUCUCAAGAGCAGAAACGUUGUGCACAAUGAUAUUAAACCCCAAAAUUUGUUCUACAGAGGCAGAAAUAUCUUUAUUGGAGAUUUCAAUCUAGCUUCGAUAAAUGGUUCUCAAAAAGAUGGUGGCACAGUUCAAUAUGCUUCAGCAAAUCUCUUCGCUGGUCGAAAUCGAUAUGCAAUGGAUGAUCUUGAGUCGUUGGUCUAUUCACUUUAUUCCUUAGCCGGUGUACCAUUAGAACCAUGUAACGAUGGUAUGCUUUUGUUUGAUGUUUUUGAUUUUAUUCCCGAGGGUUACAUGUUGGCCAAAAGUCUCGAAAGAGGCAAGAAGUAUGCUAGAGCGAAAUUGAUGAAAAGAAUUGAAUUUUUCAAAAAUGCUCACGUGAGAGGAGUCUUCGAAGACAUUUGGGACAAAGAAUUGCUUGCUAAUCAUAAAGUUCCAGAUUAUGAUGAAGUAACCAACAUUUUGGUCGCGGCUAUAAGUAGCAUGAAUAAAAAUCGAAUGUUUUUACAAAGCGACUGGCUAACAGAAGGUAUAUGCGCUGCUUUCGCAAAACUUAAAAAAAUUUGCGAAAGAUAGAUAUCACAGAAACUUUUUCGUGUCGGAUGGUUUGAUGAAUAAACACCCAUUUAAAAAAAGUAA